AGAGUCAAUAACCUUCGUGCUGAAGCAGACGCUGCUAAUGCACGUGCAGAUGAAGCACUAGCCCAGGUGAAGGUACUUGAAGAGGAAAAGAGAACUAAAGAGGAAGAACUGGAAAACGUGAAAAAUAAACUUGCUCGGGUUGAAGCUGACCUUGAAGAAACUGAGAAACGCUUGGCUGAGACGACAAAUAAACUUCGAGAGAGCGACUUACGAGCAGAACAAGCUGAAAGAAAAGUCCAGGUUCUCGAAAACCAAACAUCAGAACUCGAAACAAAGGCUGAAGAAUGGAAAGAGAAACAUCAGCGGGCUCAGCAGGAGCUCGAAGAAACAAUCAAAUCUCUUGACGGUAUUUGA